AUGUAUUUUAUUUUCAGUCUCUACUUAAUGGUUUAUAGCGACUAUAUUCAUAACCGUUUUUCCACUACUGGAGGUUUGACUUCAGCUUGGCCAAAUUGUCCACUAGAAAGUCCGUUACUAGACAUAGCUGUUGAAGACUACAUAGAGGGGGCUAAACGAGCUGUUUCAGUGGAAGAAUGUAUUUGUCCGAAAGCGUACCGUGGUAUGUCUUGCGAACAAUGUGCAGCUGGAUACUAUAGACUCAGUAGCGGGCCACAUGCAGGAUUAUGUGUCCCGUGUCAGUGCAAUGGUCACUCACAAGAGUGCGACGUGAAUACUGGUAUUUGCUUGGAAUGCACACACAAUACUAUGGGUGAUCACUGCGAAAAGUGCAUUCAAGGGUAUCAUGGUGAUGCUACUGUUGGCACACCGCGUGACUGCCUCAUUUGUGCCUGUCCUAUGCCCACUGCUUCCAAUAAUUUCGCUAUCGGCUGCGACCUGAGUGAGAAUGGCUCGCUGAUCUCCUGUGAAUGUAAACCUGGAUACGGUGGAGCCCGAUGCGAAUUCUGCGCCGCCGGCUAUUAUGGAGAACCGGAGAUGACAGGUGACUAUUGCAAGCCAUGCAAUUGCUCGGGCAAUAUAAACGUGGAGGAUCCUAGCUCGUGCGACAGCAUCACCGGCGACUGCCUCAAGUGCGUCAAUAACACAGCCGGAGCAGCCUGCAAUCUCUGCGCACCAGGUUUCUUCGGUGACGCCAUUUUCUCCAAAAAUUGUACAGCUUGCGUCUGUGACGAGUACGGCAUGGACCAUUGCGACCCGACGACGGGCACGUGCGUGUGUCGACAGGGUGUGAUCGGUGAGAAGUGUGACCGUUGCGCUGUCGACCACUGGGGUCUGAGCUCAGGCCGCGGUUGCGAGCCCUGCGACUGCGGCCUCGCGUCCAACUCAACACAAUGUGACGAUGCCACGGGGCAGUGCAGAUGUGCCAAAGGCGUUACGGGGCGCCACUGCGAACAAUGUGCUGCUGGAUAUUGGAACUACACUAAAGAAGGAUGCGAUCAUUGCAACUGUAAUACGGGAUAUUCACUUGGGUUUAUGUGCAAUGCAACGGGCCAGUGCGAGUGUCUGCCUGGCGUCAUUGGUGAAAAAUGUGACCGCUGUCCCGAGAGAUGGGUACUAAUACCUCACGAAGGGUGUUUAGAAUGUGAUGAGUGUACCGACGCCCUCAUAUACACAGUACAAGAUAUGGGAGCCUUGUUGGCACACGAAACACAAGAUUUCAAGGACAAAGCGGAUUCAUUCUUCACGACGCAGCGGCUUAACUACAUCUCGAACCAGACGAAUAUAUUGAGGCCUCGCGUCGUUGACCUUCAGAGUGUGGACCUUAACAAUGUCACUUCAGCUUUCAAAGCGCUUGAAACUGGUGCCAAGAACCUGCUCAGAUCAGCGGAGUUUGCAGCAACCGAUAGUGACAAACAAAUAGGACGAGCUGCUGAUUUAGCGGUGAACGCAGAGAAGACUCUGGCGGCGGUCCGCGAGAGCGCGCAAAAAGCAGAGGACGUGGUGACGCACGUGGCAGAUCUAGCCACUGGACUGGAGUUAAGCCAACAGCCGAAAGUAGACAGCGCCUUGACUGAAGCAAGACAGAUCAAGAGCGAUAUAUCUGAUAAAAAAUUGGACAACGAAAAGCAACAGGCUAACAGUAUGUUUGGUAAUUCCACCGCUCAAAUAGAACGGAUGAACAUCUUCGUGAACCCAGUCAACAAACAGGCAAAGAAAUUUGAAGGCCUGGUUAAUGCCACACGCGAAUUGAAGAACAAACUUAAAGACUUAUCAAAAUACACGGAUGAGGCGCAGCACACCGCCAAUGCAGCUGAGAAACUCAAUUCCAAAAACAGGCAAUCCAAAUUCGGUACCAAAGUGCAAUCCGUAUCCAAUCUGUACACGUCGGCGGUGAAGGACCUGAUCGACGCAGCUGUAGAUGUGAAGCAAGCAGGUGAUGAAUACUCUAAGGCUACUGGUGUAGUGGCCGCUGCUGUCAACGCUUUGGAAGCCAAUAGAAACGCCAACAUCAAUAUGGAUGAAAGAAUUACCAGUUUGACCGAAGAAAUACCAGUGUUAGAUAGAUUGGUCAAUGAGGCACUCGAUCAUGCGCGUAGUUUAAGGAAUAGGGCUGAUAAUCUACGUGCAUUGGCUGAGAGAGAAAAUAACAAUACUCGUACAAAGGAUGCAUAUAGUGCUGCUUCAGCGUUCUCUUCCAUUGUGCAAGAGAUUAAUGAUGCCAAGAAAGCAGCCGAUACUGCGGAGGCCGCCGUCAACAAUAGCACAAAUGUCAAAAAUUUACUCAACGAGCGCGGAGGGCCAGCUCUGAACCGGUCGCAGAUGCUACUGUCGCAGGCGGCGGCAGCACAGAUCGGCGUGGAGCACCAGCUGAGGCCGAACCUGACGACAGCGGCAGCAGCACUAGACGACGCUGCUGCCACGCUCACUGCUGCUGACGAUGAUGAUCACGCCGUGCAACUUUCUCUUCCGACGUCGGCAAAAUUCUCCCUCCAAGAAGAAAUAGAGAAAGCGGAUAGAGUGAACGCGACUGUGAAGAACACCCUAGACAUCAUGUCCCAGCUGGGUCCAGACCUGCAAGCCAGUAAAGACUGGGCUCAGACAUUGCCAAAACUUGCUGACGAAGGCCAGAAAAUGACAUCUAACGUUGAGAGUUUGUUGAAGAAUGUGAAAGAAAUCGAUCCACUCAGCAAUUCUAAGUAUCGUUCUGUGAAAUUUAUGCAAGAUGAAUUGGAACAUAGACGUGCAGAAGCUGACGACAAACUGCAAAAGCUCAAGGAACUCAUUGAACAGGCACGCGCUUUAGCCAAUCGCAUCCAAGUAGGCGUGACGUUCGACCGUCGCUCCACUCUACAACCGCGCUUGCCGGAGUCUAUCGACGAAAUGUCUACAUCUACUCACGUCUCUGCCUACUUCCGUACAAAAGAAAAGGACGGACUACUACUCUACCUCGGCAACCCUGAAGGUAGCAACAUCAGGCGAACCAAAUCGGACGAUUUUAUGGUGGUGGGCAUUCAAAAUGGAUACCCUUACCUUACGAUGGACAUUGGUGACAGUCACGACUCUGGUCGCGAAGCGGUACGCAUCGGAAGCGAUAAGUUUGUCUCAGAUAACCGCUGGUACCAGGUCAUUGUUGACAGGAUUGGACGAAACGUUAAAUUCUCCAUUCGGGAGAGCCUUGACAACGGUUCAGAACAUACACACUCCAAAGAGGCAGUGUUACCUGGACAGCAUACGAUCUUCAACCUGGACCGUCAGAAGAGUAAAUUAUACGUGGGCGGCGCACCGGCAGAUGCCAAACUGCAAGGCAUUAGCUACCCUGCUUUUGAGGGUCAGAUCGAAGAGCUCAUGAUAGGAGAUACUCCUGUUGGACUUUGGAACUUCAUCAGCUCCGAAAAUCUUAAGGGUUCUAGACAGAGGUAGGAAAAUAUGAUAAACUAGUUGUUUUCCCCAAACCUCGCCCUUGUAAAUUAUAGCGUUUAUGUCACCCUAUGACAUAAUUCAUAAGAGAAAGAAUUUUUAAAAUCGGUAUAGUAGUUCUAGGCAAACAAACAAUCCAAUAUUUCCUUUUCAUAAUAUACAUAAGUAUUUCUUUAGCACUUCUCAAAAAUUUAUUCUGUAUUCACAGUUUCACUCGUAUUUUACGGAACGAGCCAUGAUUCGUCUCAUUGACAAGCCUGUUAGAUUCCUUUAUUGUAUUUUUCCAAAAGAUAUGGGCUUCAUUUAUCUAUCAAAUGAAUGUGUAGAGAUAAGCUGAUCACGUCACAAGCCGGACCGCAAGAGUAUCGCUUCAACGGCCGCUCCCACGUGACGAUGCCGGCGCGCGAAUACCUCGUGCCGCAGAAGAACCACGUACUUCUCUACUUCCGCACAUAUGCCCCCAACGGACUCAUAUACCUGGUCGGAGAGGGCAAACAUUUCUUCUCUGUUGUCAUGCAAGACGGAGGAGUCUUCUUACAGGUGUCUCUCGGCAAUCCUGAUGAAAUGGUGAUCAUAGGGACAAAGAAGACCUUCAACGACGGCAAAUGGCACAAACUGGACGCCGGUCGCUAUCUCGCUAACUGUUCACUCAAGGUGGACGAUGAAAUCCAUCGAGCGGUCUCCUCCUCGCCUAUCAUGGAGAUCACCUCGGUGGACACGAUGAACUUCGGUGGGAACAACAAGGGCAUAAUGCACGUGAAAAAUAUAGGCUUCGAUGGCUGCUUGCGUCAAAUCAGCAUGGACGGUAUCAACAUAGACCUCAGCGAGAAUAUAGAAGCAAUUGGACUAGGAUACGGAUGUCAGUUCGCGUCGUUGGUAUCAUUGUCGGGUAGCGACAGCUAUCUACGCUUCAUUGAUAUAACGACGGACAACUUGCAACUGACGCUCAAAUUCAAGACCUCUUCUCCGGACGGUCUAUUAUUCCUCUACGUGAGUAGAACGCAGACCACCGAUAUGCCUGACAGCGUGUCACUCUCACUAAUAAAGGGUCGUCUAGUGUUGAUGAGUCAGCGUGAUCAGUUGGACACUGGACUAAACACUUACAACGACUCACAGUGGCACGUCGUCACCGUCACGCACAACAGUCGCACAUUACGACUUGUAGUCGAUGACUUUGACUACUUUAGUUCAGACACACCGCCCGCGCCCCUCCACAUAAUCGAGGGGGUUUUGUUCGUGGGCGGGGUGCAGAACGGUUACGUGGUCGGCGGGAAGGUCGGCAGCAAGCAUCCACUGCGCGGCUGCGUCGCCGACGUGACGGUCAACUCGCGUCCGUUGAACCUUCUAGAGCCGUACAGCGCUAGCGGCGUCACGUUCGGCCGAUGCGGCGAUCUCACCAGCUCUGGAGGCGUGCCACCAGACGUGCCAUUCUGGGUGCCACAGCCCACACAAACUAACUUGCUACCACUACCCCCGCAACCAACAACAACGCCUGAACCAGAUAUCAACCUCAACAAUAUUAACACAUUCCCCGAGGUAGUGACGCAACCACCACAACCAGAGGUUAAGCCACAACCACAACCACGACCACAACCAAAACCACAACCGCAACCGCAGCCGCAUACGACGACACUACCACCAUCGACGACAACUCGUCGCCCGCCACCGAAACCAGUGCCAGGAUGUUCUCUCGCCUACGACCCCGAAUACUCAAUCGGCAAUCCGGAUGAAGGCUAUAGAUUCGGGUCGCGGGAAGACAGUCGUAUCGAAUACGGCAAGUUGCCGGGCCGGCAGGUCGGCGGGUUCGAUCUGUCCGUGUCUUUCCGCACGUUCGACCGCCAUGGAGGGUUGAUACUUUACGCGGUCGCGGAGAAGGCGCCUUCGCAGUUCAUCGCUUUAUACAUGAAGGAUGCUAUGCUGCACUUCCUAUUCAACUGCGGCGGCGAGACCGCCGACAUAACGUGGCAGCAGACGUACAACGACGCGGCGUGGCACCAGGUGACGGUGGUGCGGCGCGAGGGGCACAGCAAGGUGACCGUGGACGGCGAACGGGUGGCGGAGGAGAGCGUCGCGUGCGCAGCGCCCGCCCUCCUCACCCCGCCCCUCUACUACGGCGGACUGAGGGCAAACGUCUCCGCCGGGAACCACCAUCUACCGUUCUACCAGCCUUUCAAGGGCUGUUUACGCAAACUGAAGAUGAACGGUCAGCUGGUGACCGACGUGCGCGCGCGCGUCAACUCUCUGCGAUGCAUCGACAACGUGGAGGACGGCGUGUACUUCCCACCGUCACCUAACGAGGCGCAUAGCAACUACAUUAAGCUAUACAAAACGGGUGAAUUCAACGUCGGCAACGAGAUAUCAAUAUCGAUGGAGGUGAAGCCGCGCAACACUACAGGUCUACUGCUGGCGGUCCACGGUCGCCACGACUAUCUGGUGCUGGAACUGCUCGAGCACAAAGUGGUGGCCCGAGUCGAGAACGGGAAAGGACCCUUCCAGGCCACCUAUACGCUUAGCAGCAAAUUCACGCUCUGCGACGGCAAGUGGCACCGAAUUCACGCCGUUAAGUCCCGUCACGCUGUAACUGUGGGCGUGGACGGACAUUUCUCGGACGCGGGCAUCGGCAUGUCGAGCUCUACGGACACUAAGACACCCCUAUUCAUCGGCGGACACGAGAGAGUAAUAAACAAGUUGCCAGGUGUACACGCCCGCCGCGGAUUCACUGGCUGCAUUAGAAAUAUCGUUAUCAAGGAAGCGCCCGUUACUAUCCCGCUAAUGGCAGCCGGCCGAGCCGCACAAAUAGGCGUCUGUCCCGCCGAUUAAACUAGUAUUCUAAUAGUGAUUUAAGAUUAAAACAGAGAACCGUCAUUUUCCAGUGUCAAAUAAUGUGACGAAAAAGUUCCAGUUCAUUCGAAUACUCUCAAUAUAUGAACGGUAUUUUUUAAUUAUAAGAUUAGUAAAAAAAAUCACAUCAUUUUUUUCUUUCAUCUACAACUUAUAAAAUGCGCUAUGUUCGAUGUUUUGGAAGAUAUUAAGGUUUAUUUAGUGACCCGGAACUUUUGCUCGUCAGUAUACAUGUUGGUAUGUUUGAACAAAUACAGUCAACAACAUAUUGGGUUAUAGAAAAUUGAUUUUGAAGCUUGAUAUAUUUGUUUAUACGAGGAUGUAAAAAAAAUUUAAAUUUGUAGCAACAAACAAUAAAAAUGGAAAUAUUAGAAUUGAUGUUUAUAUCAAACCAAUAUCUUUGUAUCAGUCGAUAUUAGUAUUUAAUGAAUUACAAUAUCCCAUUUUAUACAUAAAAGUUACUCGUCAGAGUUCACAAAAUAUACCUAUCGAAUUUCAACUAAAGGUUUUAAACCCGGUCAGUCGAUCUAUAUUACCCUCGAACUAUUUCCCCCAGGGGUAAUACUCAUCCAAAUGUUUUAUAAAUAUAUAGCUAUAAAUGAAAUACAAAAUAUAUUUUUAUUAUUUACUUUCCUUUUAUAAUUGAUAACAUUUGGAUAAAAUGUUACUACCACUUUACUACCGGUUAAAUCGUUUGGGGGAACAUAUCUGUUUUAUAUAACUUGAUAUAUUUUUGACCGUAAAAAUUUUAUUCCGCAAUAAAAGAAUUUG